AUGGAUAGCUCCAAGUUCAUCCAGCUGCCACCGAAGGGGCCAGAUGCCCCGACCAUUCUUUUCCGAAAUUCCUUCCAAUCUGGCCUUUUCUCCAUCUUCUAUUCCAUCGGCAGGACACCACUCUACCUUUGGUCAGCAUCAGUAAGGAAUGGGCAUAUCCGGCGAAUCACCGACGAAGACAUCGGGUCAGCCGCAUUGGAAAUUGCCGGGAACAACGUGAGCACAACUUCUGUGACUUGUCCGGAACAAUCAAGACAGACGCUGGGCAUUAAGAUGCCCUUUCUGGUCUUGUUGAUGAAGAACUUGCACAAGUACUUCUGUUUCGAAGUCGAGGUACUGGACGACACAGGCUGA